AUGGCUUCGGAAGAGAAAAUCUCGGUUUAUUCGUUGGCUGACCUCAAAAACACCAGCGACGAUGCCCUCCCAGCCUACCUCAACUCCCUCUCCUUCGCCCAAUCCCACACUCUCACAGAUGUUCGCCUCGCUCUAGGUUACACAGCCUUUGGCAUCUGCGCCGCAACCUUCUACUGGGACUACACAUACGGCUUCGAAUCCACCAAACUGCUGACCCUCGGCGCCGUCAUCCUCUACAGCCUCCUCAACGGCGCCCUCACCUUCUGGAUCUGGGGCGUUGAGAAAGGCACCGUGUACGUUGGCACGAACUCCAAGACCGGAGACAAGAUCACCAUUCAGAGUAGGACGGACAAGUUUGUACCCAUGUACAAACUUACGGUUACAACGGAGAGCAAGGAUGGGAAGAAGGAGACGAAAAAGUUGAAGAUGGAGUUUAGAGAGUGGUUUGAUGAGAAGGGGGCAUUUAUCACGAAGCCAUUUCAGAGGAUGCUGGCUAGCAGUGUGGCAGCUAUAGGGAAGGUGGAUCCAAAGAAUGCUUUCCCGUUGAAGGAGAAGAAGGAGAAGGUGGAGGACAAUAGGAGUAUGGAUGAGAAGUGGGCCAGUUUACUUGCGGAGAGUGCGGGGAAUGUGGUUGUUGAGCCUGAGAGCAAUGGCGCGAGUACGAGCACACCUACGCCGGGGAAGGGAAAGAGAAGGGCAAAGAAGGCUUAG